ACGAUGACAGAAGAAAUUCACAUGGACUGCUUGUUUGUUUUUUACAGCUAUAAGUAUGACACGGUGAUUCAGGUCUUUCAAAAUGACAAUCUGAGCAUUGCUGCCUGUGUGGAUCCUCUGAAAACACUAGAUCUCGUGCCAGAAAUUCAAAUAGAGCCUUCGUUGGAGGACAAUAAAGCCUGUGUGAGAGAUUCUGGUUCCAGCAUGUGGAUCUACGUAUUCCUGGGGAACGCUCUGCGGGGGAUUGGAGAAACUCCAGUCACACCUCUGGGCAUCUCCUACAUCGAUGACUUUGCAAGGGCGGAAAACUCCCCUUUUUAUAUUGCUUGUCUCCAGACCAUUACUCUCCUGGGUCCCAUGUUUGGCUUCCUUUUGGGUUCCUAUUGUGCCAGACUAUAUGUUGACAUUGGAUAUGUUGAUAUGGAAAGUGUGACCAUCACUCCUAAAGAUUCCCGCUGGGUGGGUGCUUGGUGGAUGGGUUUUCUUGUGUCCUCUGGCCUUCUGCUUAUCUCCAGCAUUCCCUUCUGGUUUCUGCCCCGUUCGCUGCCCAAGCAGGACGGUGAAGAAAACCGUGAAACUCCAGUCUGUGAGAUCCUAAACGAGACAGAGGAUGCGCAAAACAACAACCACAACCUCAAGCUGACUGAAAUUGCCAAAGGGUUCUUUCCAUCAUUGAGGCGUCUUCUGGGAACUCCUGCUUACUUCCUGCUUCUUUGCGGGAGCAUCCUGAAGUUCAAUGCAUUCAUCGGUCUACUCACCUUUAAAGCCAAAUACAUGGAGCAACAGUUUGGACAGUCUGCAUCCAGGGCGAACUUCCUCAUAGGUGUCCUGAACCUGCCAGCAGUGGCAAUAGGGAUCUUCCUCGGAGGACUGCUGAUGAAAAGGUAUAAGCUGAGUGUGGUCUCAGGAGCUCAGCUUUCCUUUGCAACAUCCUUUAUGUCCUAUCUCCUCAUGCUGCUGCAGUUUGGCACCAAGUGUGAUAACAUACCCAUAGCGGGGCUCACUGUAUCGUACAAUGGGACACAAGGUGUAUUGUCCAGCAGAGAAAUGCUCUUCUCUGAGUGUAACAGGGACUGCUUGUGUUCAGCAGAGGAGUGGGACCCCGUUUGCUCAGAUAGCGGCAUCACUUACAUCUCUCCAUGCAUGGCUGGCUGCCUCAGCUCUAGCGGACACGGCAAAAACACCGUCUUUCACAACUGCACCUGUGUGUCCACCUCCUUUCCAGCAGGCAGCAGUACAUCAGUGAGACUGGGCCAGUGCCCUCAUGCCAAGGACUGCAGCAGAAGCUUCACCUCCUAUAUGGCCAUAUCUGUUCUCAGUUCCUUUAUCAAUGCUCUGGGAGCCACACCUGGCUACAUGGUCAUUAUACGAUGCAUCACACCCGAGCUCAAAUCCCUUGCACUGGGUAUUCAGACCUUGGUAACUAGGACUCUUGGUGGAAUUCCUGCACCAAUGUAUUUCGGUGCUUUGAUUGAUUCAACUUGCCUUAAAUGGUCUAUGAAGAGUUGUGGCGGUAGGGGGGCAUGUCGUAUUUACAACUCUGAUAUGUACAGGAUCAUUUUCCUGGGUUUGAUCACUUGUAUCAGUGGCUCCUCUUAUUUUUUCAUCAUUGCUGUCAUCAUCCUUCUCAGGCGCCAGUUCCGAAAGCCAGAGAAGGACACAGACAAGCAGGAGCAAGAAGCAUCAAAGGUUUUUGAACUAAAGAUGCCAUUAAACCUCACUGAGGAGAUUAGAGCCAGUCCUGAAACUCCCAACUUACCCAGUGCUACAAAAAUUUGGGUAAAGAUUGCUACAGAUUUGGAGGAAGGAGGAGAGGUCCACACAGUAGAACAGCCCCCUCAUAAUGAUGGAGUAAUCUCUACAAGUAAUGCACAGGAGGCUAAAUACAUGACAGAUACCUGUGCUGAAGUCAUUCCUCUGUCUUCUGAUGGCACAAACACAGAGAUAGUCAGUAAAGAAUCCAUCGGACACAAAGUGAUAGAGAAGCAGGACGAUCAUACUGAUGACAAGAGCAAAUUGGAGAAAGAGAGUCAGCAGCUAAACUGAUGGACCACAUAAAGACUAUGUUUAGCAGAGUUGUCUCCAACACAAAAUCAAACUGGAAUAGAUGGAACAAGUCCCAAAGUUUGGUCAAAAGAUAAUUUUCCUGUUAAGAGGGACUACUAUUCUUUCAGGACAAUGUCACAGUCUAUACUAGUAGUAUUUUCCAUCCUUUUUUUUUUACAGGAUGCAGCUAUUAUAUUCAGUGUUGGGUGUGACAUGUAACAAAGUAACAAGUCCUUAGAUUCAAUUUUUGGGGGUUGUUUUUCAAUUCACAAACUUAAUUAAGUACUUUUUAAAUAUUUAAAAAGUAUCUAAUUAAAUGUUUCCUGUUUUGUUUCAUGCUCCUUUCAACACCUUAGCAUCCAGCUACAUACUGGAUUGUAUUCAGUUGUAGAGCUCAGCUAGCAUGAGUGUGCAUACAACAACAUUUACAUUGCAGAAGAAUUUGCAUUACUGUGUACCACAGUUAUAUGUAUUGUCUGUCAGCUGCUAAGGAGCUGUGCUUCAUGUUUUGAAGUAAUCUGCAAUCAAAGUAAGUGGUAAGGCCAGUUGAGGAAGAGACUGAUGACUGAAUGUGGCAUGAAUGAUGGACCACAUUAUCACACUCAUUAACACACACUUUAUUUCCCGGUUGUUGUUCGAACACUCUCGCGGUUGCAUCUUUUCAGCUCCCAGCUGCCCAUACACCAACAACAACACCAUUCAGGAGCCAGUUCACUCUUAUACGCAGGGGAGGCUUGAUGAGCCGAUGCAACUCAGGUGUGUCCGUCUCCUCGCAGCCACGCCCCGCCACAUACCCACAUACACCCAUCGCCCGACUGGGGCCAGGGAGCCAACUGGCUGAACAUACUCUCACCCUGAGUAUCAUGGUCAGGUAUUGAACCUGGCUCAUGAUAGGUCAGGGCACUUAGGUGUGCGGAAAACAUAUGAUAGAGUUUUGCGUCAUUUUGUUUGGCCACAUUUAAAGAAGGAUGUAUUGUUACACAUCAGAAACUGUAAAACCUGUCACUUGACUGGUAAGCCGAGUCAGGUUGUUAGCCUUGCUCCAUUGCAGUCGAUUCCAGCUAUUAGUCAGCCUUUCGAGUACUUGCUUAUUGAUUGUGUUGGGCUUUUGCACGAUCUGAUAUC